AAUUGUUAGCUGUUUGCCAUUGUUUUAUUGCUUGAAGGAAAAUUAUAAUAUUACAAUUAUAAUAUUAGAUAUAUUGUGUUAUGGUGCUUGUUUGAAAUAUUUUGUUAUGAAGCGCAACGACAGUUUCGUUGGAUACAUAUUAAUUUUACGAUGUUUAUACUCUAGUAAUUUUUUUAUGGUAGAGUUUUCUUUUCGUUAAGGUACGAAAUGUGGCAAACGGAGCUUUAUGUGGUUACAAACAAUUUUAUGUGUAUCCCUCAUUUUUGUGUAGAUUUACUAACGUAGCAUAGCCUAUUGAAAUAGCAAGUAAACUAUAUCCAAAAAUGAAUACGUUUUCGUUUUUUCCCCACUUUGCCUACUCCAUUAUUCUUCCUUCUACUGUAUACUGUAAUUAAAUGAAAUCUUACCUUUUCUGUACAUCUAAAAACCAGCCUUAAAAUAUCGGUGAAUCCCCAAAACAAAGAGAAACUCCUUAGAAUGAAUUAUUUCUUUAUUUCAGAGCGUUCUGCAUGAAAUGAGUGACCGAGUGUUUGGUGAGAGAAACGCUUGUUUAAGAAGUCAUAAAAUCUUUGCUCGGUGUCAAGGGGUUAAAGAACUAGUGGCACUGUCCUAUGUGCAUAUUUUAUUGUUUUAUACCCUCUCACCUCACUAUUUAUUCGCCGUUUGACUGGUGUUUGCCGGCAACAAACAGAGCUGACCUGCCAUAAAACACAUAUGUUUUAUUCCAGUGGCUGAAACAGCUUUCUUUGACCUUUGUUGAGAUCUGUCGCGGUCGCAUUUACUUGCUGGCCUGUACGCGCUUUGUGUGCUAGAUUCUAAUUAACUAUUUUAAAAUUAAUGUCUGUCGUGAAUAGAUGUUAUAUAGUUGUAUGAGUCUUAGCAUGAAGUUGUGUUUUAUUAAUUUCCAACAUCACUUUAUUUUUUUUCUUUCAGAUUUUAAACGUUUUUGACAUAAAAUUAGCACAUCAGACGACAAAGGACCGUAUAUAUAUUGAAGAGACAAAGAGUUUGAUCUUCCAGGGUUAGAAAAUGUUGUUUCUGGGCCAUAGAGUAGAAAAAAAUUCAAUCUUCCUCUCUUAUGUUAUGCGUGUAGUUUGUAUGUUGGGGAGAAAUGUUCAAGAAAAACUGCAGUGUUUACCACAAACCAUUAGCUAAGUUUAUAAAGGAAGCACCGAUCCAUUAAGUGGCGAGACAGAUUGCUGAUAUCCUUGGAGGCAGACUGUUCCAGGUGCAACACUUGACACUGGGAAGGCACUGUCAAGGUGAGCAGGCUCUCUCAAUACCUGUCAAGAAGAUACCUGUCAUCUAUAUAUACCCUGUAGAUCCGGAUUUGUGUAAACAGACGCACAGUCACAAAUUCGUAUCUAGGGGAGUAUGUAGUUGAUGUAUAGGCUACAUUUCAACUUCAACGGGCAAAGAAGAUGACAUUAAAACUUUCGGUUUGUUUAUUAAUGACUGUUUGUUAGUGGAAUAUUGUGGCAGUAACGAAAGUAUUUUUUUCGUAAAUGAUGGUGUAGAAUUGAAGAGCGUUCGUGAUGCCACACGUUUUGUGGGACUUUUAAAGAAUUCUAAAUUAGAAAAAAAAAAUGGAAAAGAAUUCAAAAAGAGCAAUAAUAAUAAUUUGUACAGUUUUGCACUGAUUAAUGAUUAUCUGAAUGCAGUGAAUUUUAAACAUUACUAUUAGUAAACAGCUAGAAAUAUUUGCUGCUGGUGUUAAUAGUAAAUUGAGCACAUAUAUUACUAUUCAGUGUGUGUAGAUUUGGCAUACAGGAUAAACGCGCUGUUUGGAGUGGAAUGACUGCAGACUCCGUUUAAAUGCAGAAGGUCUCCUUUGUGAUUUAGGAGGCUUUGUAACCUGAAUUAGCUGAUGAAUUUUCUAUCGAUCUUAAACAAGCCCAGAUUCAUCUCUGACACGCUGCUCACGCCACGACCAUUCUCUCACCGUUAUUAGCGAGUGCAUUUAAGAGCUUGGCCAAGGCGAGCUGCUUGCAUCACUUUCCCCUGGUACCGCUUUUCAUGAACACUGGCCAAAAUUAAGCAGUGUUUCUAUUCGCCAAAUCUGAACAGUUCUUUAUAGAGGUGUAGUCGUAUUCUCAACGUGGAGAUGAACUGUGUGGGACUGGGGGCGUGACUUUCUGUGGGGCUGGUAGAAUCCAGCAUGCCUUUUCGCCGUGUCUGCAUGGGCUUGUUAUUGUUUUUAUUUACUCACUAUCUCAUCAAGCGCAUAGCAACGUCUGAGAAAGUCUGGAAUUUUGGACUAUUCCGAAACGUGAGUUGAUGAGCGCGGUCUAAACUGACUAAUCCCGUUUCCUUAUCCGGGAAUGCGAAGAUCCACGCCAUUGGCUGACGAUGUCACAUGGACCCUUAACUUUGUUCACUUGACAGAAAGUAGGAGGGUUCUACCAAACAGGAAAACGAGUAAAGGGAUACAUAUAAAUUUUAGUAUAUUUUGUGUGCAAUUCAAAGAAAUUAAUGGCCAUGAGUUCCUAUUUGAUCAACACCAACUAUGUGGACCCCAAAUUUCCACCAUGCGAGGAAUAUUCCCAGAGCGACUACCUACCCAGUCACUCUCCGGACUACUACAGCGCCCAGAGGCAAGACCCCUCGUUCCAGCAUGAGUCGAUCUACCACCAGCGGUCGGGCUGCGCCGACCCACCCUACUCACCGUGCCAGGGCUCGGGGCAGCCUGCCGCGGUCAUCUCUCCGCGAGGUCACGUUCUACCCACAACAGUACUCUCGACCCCUCUCCCUGAACCAAGCCAUCACUGCGACUCGGUAACUCCGAGUCCUCCGCCUGCCUGCGGUCAGACUCCUACUAGCCAAAACACUUCAGCGGUCACUUCAAGAAAGGAUCCCGUGGUAUACCCCUGGAUGAAAAAAGUCCACGUAAACAUCGUGAACCCGAACUAUUCAGGGGGUGAACCCAAGCGCUCACGCACAGCCUACACGAGGCAGCAAGUCCUGGAAUUGGAGAAAGAGUUCCAUUACAACCGCUAUCUGACUCGCAGACGGAGGGUGGAGAUUGCCCAUACACUAUGCCUAUCCGAACGACAGAUUAAGAUUUGGUUUCAGAACCGGCGCAUGAAGUGGAAGAAGGACCAUAAGCUUCCUAACACCAAAAUACGCAGCAGCUCUGCCAGCACUAAUUCAAGCAGCGGCCCGACACUGGGAAGCAAUCAGAACCGAGCAAGCGGACCUCCGCCAAAUCUAUAGCCCUCCACUGUUGCCCAAAAUAUGUACUAUUAUAAAAUCUAAUUUUCUGGAGUGUAGAACGUGGAUUUUACCCGCGUUGUGUUUCCCUACUCUCCCCUGCACUCUAAUUACAGGGAUAAAAUACGAGGAAGAUGUGGGGGGAAAGGAGCAAAGAAAAUGUUAAUCUUUUUAACACUAAAAUGGGUAAAGACUCGAACUCAAAUGCUACUCUAGAUGGGUUGCCUUCCCAGUCUGGUUCCCAUUUUUAUCCCGCACGCCUCUCCUGCUCACUCGCCCCUUUCAUAAGCACAGAAGGCGGCAGAUAGUUUUCAGAUUUGGUGAAGAUGGAUCCGUGUUUCAUCUUUAAUCACGCCAAACUCGGCCCCAUUUGUCAUGUUUACUCUGUGGUACAAAGGAUGAACCAUAGGCCUGCCCAUUACCUCGACGUCUAGCGUUGUGCUUAAUAAAUGAGUCGCUCUGUUUUGUCAAGAAGCCUUUUUUUGACUUCCUUUAUUCCCCUGGCUUAAAAAUAACUAGCCGAGUGUUUUUCAACCGAUAUGAAGUUUUGUAUUUUGUAGAAAUUAGAUUAUUUUGCAUUUGCUAUUUGCAUUUUGAAUGCAAUGCCAAUGGGACUGAGGGUUUAUUGUGCGUGUGGUCCAUUUGUCGCUCAUUAAAAAUACAGGUACUUGUUUCACUCGCCUGUUUAUCGCAUUUCAGUUUAAGAACAGCAAAUUACUAAUUAGUUGUUCAUAUUAAAUAUAAUAUAAAAGUUCAAUGAAGCUGGACGGCUAGAUAUGCAUAACCAAAUCCGGUACAACGCAAAGCAUUUUAACGAGAGCACUGCUAAGUACUAUGUGAAUUACCUCAAUUGUAUUUUUGUUUUGUUUUUUAUUUAGUUUUAUGAAGUGAUCAGUUUAAGUUCUUUGGACUUAAUGGCAAAUAUCCGCAAUAGCUAAUCUCAGCAUUUGUAAGUUGAAAUAAAAUUUAAGUUAAGUGUGGCCAGGGUUGUAUAGAGAAAGGUGCGUAUUGCAUGAGUAAAUAGAAUAUAUUUUCGUUUAUUCUUUAUUAUGUCACUACCACCCUCAUUUUGUUUUAUGGUACAUAGACAUGUGCACAUACAUUUUUCUUUCUUUCUUUCUUUCUUUCUUUCUUUCUUUCUUUCUUUCUUUCUUUCUUUCUUUCAAUUUAUUAUUAUUAUUAUUAUUAUUAUUACAUUCCAAAGAUCAGUUUUCUCGCUGAUGAAUUGUAAAUUUCUCCUCUUACAUGUUUGUAUUUUGUCUUCUUUCUGCUUGUACCUUUCACUGUUUACCUUUGUUACAUGUAAAUAGCUCUAGAAAUUUAAUAAAUGGCGGAAAAGUAUAAUCUUUCUUCAUGUGUCAUGUCUUCUUAUGGAUUUCUAAGAUAGAUAUGCUUAUUUUAAAUACAUAGUUCUUGUAUAGGUGGAUACCAUCGUCCUUUGUUUUGCUAAAAACACAUUUUAAUUGAAUUUGGCUUGCUACUGAGCAUUUUCGUUAGCCUUGUAGAACUCGCCCAUCUUGAAGAUCACUGCAUAUCUCUCUAGUGAUUUAUAUCGCUGCAUUGCGAGUAAUCCUGGUACAUUACGCCUUGUAAUCUUAUUCUAAAUCACAAAACCCUUCAUUUCUGUCUCGUCUCUCCUCAAUUUAACGGUGCACAAACCCUCUGCUCAACGAUGCCGUGAACGUGCCUAAAAAUAUGGAUCCAUGUUAGAAAAAAGCAGAAGUUAAAUAGUUUCUCGGCUCGUGGGCUUUUAAUGCUUUAAUGAGUGUAAUUCUUGCACAACAGUUUCGCGACUGUUUGCCAGCGCAAGCUGUGUGUUUUUUAUAUUACAAAGAAGCGGGUCGGUGCCAUAGCUCAAACCCUGACAACCAAAUAGAUAAUCAAGAAGACAAAUGGCUUCUUUUGGAAGGCGCAGCCCUUGUAUUAAUUUUCAUUUUCUUUUCUCAGAGCAGGUAUUGAAAAUAUAGAGCCGGAGAAAAUAACAUUCCGUUUGCUGGCGUUGAACUUUACACAAAAGUAUGGCUUUAAAUUGGUCUUCUAGCAUUCCGUGGCACCGAGAAGAUUUUCUAUUACUUGCUUGUUGAUAUCAGAGGCCUUUUCG